AGCUGGUUGUAUUUUAAAGAAACCUUACUGAGGGUGCAGAAACAAACCAUCCUGAUGUGCAGGAAGAACAGCAAAUGUAGCAAGCAAUCAUCUAGGCUUAUCAGAGAACUCUUUAGUGAGUUUAAACACAAACAGGAAGUUUACAAGAAGUGGAAUCUUGGGCAAACAACUUGGGAGGGGUAUAAGAAUAUUGCUCAGGCAUGCAGGGAUGAAGUCAGGAAGGCCAAAGCACAAUUGGAGUUGCAGCUAGCAAGGGGUGUGAAGGGUAACAAGAAGGGUUUCUACAAGUAUGUUAGCAACAAAAGGAAGGUCAGGAAAAAUGUGGGUACCUUACUGAGUGGGGAAGACAACCUAGUGAUAGAUGAUGAGGAAAAGGCUGAAGUACUCAAUGCCUUUUUUAUCUCAGUCUUCCAAGGCAAGUUCAGCUCCCAGACUACAGCACCGGGCAGCACAGUUUUGGGAGAAGGUGAGCAGCCCUCAGUGGUGAAAGAACAGGUUAGGGACUAUUUAGAAAAGUUGGACAUGUACAAGUCCAUGGGGCCGGAUGCAAUGGAUCUGGGGGUGCUGAGGGAGUUGGCUGAUGUGGUUGCAGAGCCACUGGCCAUUAUCUUUGAAAACUCAUCAAACGAUUGGAAAAGGGCAAAUAUAGUGCCUAUCUUUAAAAAAGGGAAGAAGGAAGAUCCAGGGAACUGCAGACCAGUCAGCCUCACCUCAGUCCCCAGAAAAAUCAUGGAGCAGGCCUUCAAAGAAUCCAUUUCCAAGCACUUGGAGGAGAAGAAGGUGAUUAGGAACAGUCAGCAUGGAUUCACCAAGGACAAGUCAUGCCUGACCAACCUGAUUGCCUUCUAUGAUGAGAAGAUUGGCUCUGUGGAUGUAGGGAAAGUAGUAGAUGUGAUAUACCGUGACUUUAACAAGUCUUUUCAUACAAUCUCCCACAGCAUUCUUGCAAGCAAGCUGAGGAAGUAUGGGUUGGAUGAAUGGACUGUAAGGUGGAUAGGAAGCUGGCUGGAUUGUCAGGCUUAAUGGUACGAAAUCAAUGCCUCAGUGUCUAGCUGGCAGCCGGUAACAAGUGGAGUGCUCCAGGGUUUGGUCCUCGGGCAAGUUUUGUUCAAUAUCUUAAUUAACGAUCUGGAAGAUGGGAUGGAGUGCACCCGCAGGAAGUUCACAGAUGACACCAAGCUGGGAGUUGUAGUAGAUACACUGGAGGGCAUUCAAAGUGACCUAGACAAAUUGGAGGAUUGGGUCAAAAGAAAUCUCACGAGGUUCAACAAGGACAAGUGCAAAGUCCUGCACUUAGGACGGAAGAAUCCCAUAUACCUGUACAGCUUAGGGACUGACUGGUUAAGCAGCAGCUCCGCAGAAAAAGACCUGGGUGUUAUAGUGGACAAUAAGAUGGCUAUGAGUCAACAGUGUGCCCUUGUUGCCAAGAAGGCUAACAACAUACUGGGCUGCACUAGUAGGAGUGUUGCCAGAUUGAAGGAAGUAAUUAUUCCCCUCUAUUCAGCACUGGUGAGACUACAUCUGGAGUCCUGAAUCCAGUUUUGGUCUCCGCGCUAUUAAAAGAAUGUGGAUAAGUUGGAGA